AAAUUUCACAGAGGAAAUGAUUGUUAUUAUUUAUUUGAACUGAAAAUUUUAGUUAAUGAUGUGGGAGGUAAGUAACGUUCUGUACUAGGUACCCAACAUAAUUUAGCCUUGUCUCGAGAUCCUUGAAAACUGAAUGUAAUUACUCAUCUUUUAAUCAAUAAAAACCUAAUUAUAAAGAAAAUAAUUUCUAAGUCCCCAAACAGUCUAAACACAAGUUGAGAAUGUGAAACACCUCAUUUUUGUUUUCGAAAUAUUUUUUUGAAAGAAAAUUUUUUUUAUAAAGAAAAAACGACUUAAAAAACAAAUGAAUAAAUUUUGAUGUGUCAAAUCGCGAAAGUGAAAAUUUCAAUUGUAAAUAAUACACGAAAUUAUUUUCCAAAAUUUUGAAAAUUACCGCUAUUCAUGUAAAAAAAAUAAAAUGUUUUUGAAAAUAUUUCGUUAGAUUUUAAGUUUUUUUUUUUUUUUUUUUUACUAAAAGAAAAAAUAAUGUAAAAAUAAUGGUGACAAAUUUGACCGGAGGACAAAAAAGAUCCCUGGUAUAUUUGACAAAAUCAACAGCAAAUAAUAAUAAUAAUAAUAAUAAUGAUGGAGAAUUGGAAAAAACAAAAAAUCCAAAAAUUUUUACCGAUCAAGUUCAAUUAUUAUUGUUUACCAAAAAUAAUGUCGACGAGUGUCAGAAAAAAAUCUAUUCGUCAAAUUCUCAACAAUUUUCUCAUAAUCACGAUAAACAGAAUCAAUACGAUCGUCAGACAAAUGUUGUUUCAAAAAAUUUAUCAGCCAAAAAUUCAAAUUAUAAAGGAAAUAACGCAGGAGAACGAGAUAAUGAGACAAGCAAAGAUGAAAGUGAAAAAUUAUUGUCGAAAACGAAGAAAAAGAAGAAAAAAAGGUGUCUAAGUAUAUGUACAAUUAAUUGCAAAUACGAUGUGGUUCGAAGAGUUGCAACAAAAUUUGGAAUGCGUGAAGUAACAGAGGAUGGUAGUUGGAAUCUUUAUUGGACCGAUUUAAGUAUAAGCAUUGAAAGAGCAAAGGAAAUGAAACGUUUUCAAAAAGUUAAUCAUUUUCCUGGCAUGACUGAAUUAUGUCGAAAAGAUUUACUCGCUAGAAAUUUAAAUCGAAUGCUCAAACUUUUUCCACAGGAUUAUAAUUUUUUUCCAAAAACUUGGUGUUUUCCCGCUGAUUUAGGUGAGGCAAUAGCAUAUUCAAAAGUACGAAAAUCAAAAACGUUUAUUAUAAAACCAGACACGGGUUGCCAAGGGCGAGGGAUUUUUUUAACAAAAAAUUUAAAAGACAUUAAACCGUAUGAUCGAUUAAUAUGCCAGGUGUAUCUUUCUAAGCCUUUCUUAAUCGACGGUUUCAAAUUCGAUCUUCGAGUCUACACAUUGAUAACGUCCUGUGAUCCACUUAGAAUUUAUGUUUAUAACGACGGACUCGUCAGAUUCGCAACGACUCGUUAUAAGGAACCAAUGAAUCAUAAUACAUCAAAUGUUUUUAUGCAUUUGACUAAUUAUUCAGUUAACAAACAUAGUCGAAUGUUUGUCAUUGACGAUGAAAUUGGAAGUAAGAGAAAAAUAUCAACAUUAAAUAAAUGGUUAAAAGAAAAUAAUGUAAAUAUUGAGGAAUUAUGGUGUAAAAUUGAUGAAGUGAUUGUAAAAACAAUACUCGCCGCUGUUCCUGUUUUAAAACACAAUUAUCACACGUGUUUUUCAAAUCAUGAUUUGACCUAUGCUUGCUUUGAAUUAUUGGGAUUUGACAUUCUUCUCGAUUGGAAACUGAAACCAUUUCUUUUGGAAGUAAAUCAUUCUCCAAGUUUUCAUACCGAUGCCCAAUUAGACAAGGAUGUCAAGGAAUCAUUAUUGAUGGACACUUUUGAAAUGUUAAAUUUACAAUUGUGUGACAAGAAAAAAGUCAUCGAGGAAGACAGAAAACGAAUAAAGGAAAGAUUGUUACAAGGAAUCAAUAAGGAUCCCAAUUUAACUACAGGGAACCAGAUAAAAAUUGAAAGGGACUCAAUUCAAAUUCAACAUGAAUGGGAGGACGAGCACAUGGGCAAUUUUAGAAAAGUUUAUCCUGGUCCACAAUACGAGAAAUAUGAUCCAUUUUUCAAACAAACGGCAACAUCGAUGUUUCAAGACACAGCAUCGUCAAGAGCCCGUGAAGAGGCAUCGAAACAACAACGAGAAGAAACAGAUAUGAGAAUAAAAGAAGAAGAGAGCAAAAGAAUAGGAAAGUCGAUGAGUGAAUAUAAAACUGGUCCAGAAAGUCCGAGAACAAAGAAAUUGAAUUUUGCUGGAGAAAAAAUUAAAUCAUUGCCAAUAAAUCGCAAGCAGGUGAAAAAGUCAACAUCACCAUCGACAUCGGUAAAUAAACUUUAUUCCUUUCGUCCUGAAAUAAUAUCAGCAUCCGAGGAACGUGAAAGAAUUGCCGCAAUGGCACAUCGUGAUUUUUUAAUCAAAAGUUAUGGAAUGUUGGAGAAAAUCUAUUUAUCGAUGAAAAAAAAUGGAAUUUUACGAAUUGCCGACGAAAAGAAAUAUUCAUUUUACGAUAAUAAAUCGUCUUCAAUAUACGAAAAUGAAAAAUCAAAUUCAAUAUUUAAAAAUCAAUCAGAAAAAUUAUUUGAUUCAUCAUUGAGAAAUUUAUCAGAAAAAUCUGAUUUCACCUGUAAAAAUGCAACGAAACGAAUUAAAUUAAAAUCAUCUGAUGAAACAACAAUUAUUCAAAAAUCAAUCAGUAACAACGAAACCAAUAACAAUGGUAAUUCUGAUUGUGAUAAUUGUCUAAAGAUAACUUGCAAUGAAAUUCCAAUUUACACGAGGCCAAAUAUCGUUGACAAAAUUUCAACAGAAAAUUUCAAUUUCGAUGAGAGAAUCACAAAAACUCACUUGGCUCGAACACUUUCAAACACUGUUAGACUUCAUGCUCUUAAAAAACGAGAUAAUCUUAAUUCUAUAGUAAUUAAAUAAAGAGAGAGAAAAUUACAAAUAAAAAUCUUAAUUAAAAAACAUCAAAAAGGUGUUUAAAAAAAUAACAAAGAAAAAAGAAAUACAGAUCCAAUCGAAAAUUAUUAUUUUGCGAAAACCAAAAUAAAAAAAAAUAAUAAUUUUUAAUGCCAACUAAUUCGUUUUUUUUUUUUUUGAUCUAUUACUAAGACAUUAUUCCCAAAUUUGCAUAUUUAAAAUUAAAUUUUAUAAUUAAAAUAUUAAGAUUUUCUUACGAUUAAUGCGAAAAAUAAAUACAAUGUACCAAAAUGUAUUAUGUAUAACAAUUUUUAUUGCUGAUAUAUAUUUUUGUAUUCACAUGAUAAAAAAUAAACUAUGAACAAUUUGUUGCAUAUCGCGAUAUUUCCGUGCUGUGAUCAUUUUUUUUUUUUAAUGUUUAAAUUGCAUGACAGUUAUAUGUUACACAAAUUUUUCUUUCUGUCGAAUUGUAUACACAAUAUGCAUCUUAUUUGCAGUUUCGCUAUUUUGUAGAUUUUUUUUUUUUCAUUUUUGUCAAGUUUUAUAAUAUUUUUUUUUUUCAUCUCUCAAUAUUAUUUCGUGAAAGUUAGUUUCUCCAAUUUGAGAAUUAUUUUUUCUUUUGCCAUACAAUGACGUAAAAUACACAAAAGUGAGAAGAACUAAGACACCAAAAUUAAAUUAUGAGAGAGAAAGAAAGAAAGAGAGAGAGAAUGAGAAAAGGGGAACGAAAAAAAAGAAUGUUACACUUUCGUGCGUUAUUUUGUGAUAACAUUAUUUUUUUUUUAUAGUUAAAUAUAAAAGUCUUAUAAUUUACAUGUGAAAUCAAGUGUUCUAUAUUAUGUACAUCAGCGAAUUUUGUUGCAGCGUCGCUUACAUUCAUUUUUUUUUUUUUAAUCAUCAUUUCCUGACAUUAGUUUUAGAUAAAUAAAUUAUCUAAAAACCAUAACUCAAUAAAUACUAUCAUUAUACAAUUCAGAUUUUUCGUGUUUACAAAAUCGGUAAUAUUCGCUUUUUUUUUUUUUUUACUUACAAACUGCAAUGGCCAAAUUUAAGUGUUAAAAAAAUUUUUUCUUUUUUUAAAUAAAAUUAAAAAGAAACAAAAAUGGUCAGAUGCACCUAACAGAUCACCGAUUGACUUCUAUUUACAAAAUUAACACUUAAAAUUACGAAAAUUCGUAAUUUUAAUAUGUGUUUGCGUAGUUUUUUUUUUUUUUUUUUUGUUUUUUUUUUAUCUUCUCUGUGAAAAGAUAGUCACGCUUUUUAUUUAUGCCAAUACCAUUAAGUCUAACAGAACGAUCCAUUAAUCACUAUUUACACAAAGGUAUAGCUACCUACAAUAAUUAUUUAAUUAUCUUUUCCCUCAGCAAAAAUUAAUUGUGAAGAAAUAUAUAUAUAUAUAUUUAUAUAUAAAGAUGACCGCAUGAUGUGUGUCUUUCCAUCAUUCUUUUCUCAAUUGACUAUUGUUUCCUCUUUUUUCUAAAAAUUAAAUUCAGUCACUUUAAAAUAUUAAAAUUUGAAUAAAAAAAAAAAAUUGAGAAAAAUUGGAAUAAAAAAAGAAAAAACAAACAUCGUAAAAUUUAUAAUAUUAACAAUACUGAAUACUAAAAUUAAUACCAAAAAAAAUAGUAAAUUACUAUUUAAAAAAAAAAUUAAAUAAAAAUAUUUUGAUAAAGUAUUUAAUACCAAAAUUAUUAAAUUAAAUAUUAAUAUCAAAUUUUCGAUAUAAAAACAUUUAAUAUCAAAAAAUUUCUUUCUAUCAUUGAGAAAAGAAUGAAAUAGAAGGACAAAGUAAGUAUUAAUGAUAUUCUAUUCGUUGUAAUACUAAUAUGAGCAUUAUGCAGUAUAGAAUCCUGUGUGUUACUUUUUUUUUUUGUGUAAUAUUUUGUUAAAAACGCACAAUUAAAGUAUUAUGAAUGGAAUUAAAUGAUAAACAGAAUAUUAAACUAUACAAUCAUCGGGUUCAUUAACUUCUUAUUAGCUGUCGAAGAUAAUAAUCGGUGGUUAAUAUAUUUUUUUCUGGUAGAUUCACUCUUUCGUUAGUUUUUUUCUUUUCAAAUAUAAAAAAAGCACAUUAAAAAAUUUCUUCCACUUUAAUUUUUUUUUUUUUCCCCCAUAAUAAUGUUAAGAAUAUCAAAAUUAAUUAUAUAGAGAAAAAAUUAAAUUGUUUAUAACAAAUAAUUUCAUUUUAAUACUUAUAAAAUGGAAUCAAAUUCGAGAAAAUAAUUUAAAAUGUAGAAAAAAGAAAAUAAUUUUCCCUAAUGUAAAAAUAAACUGGUUUAAAAAAGCGUAAGUUCAUUUUUUUUUGUCAAAUAUAAAAUUAUUUGAAUUUAAAGCUUUUAUGAUUAUUUAUGACACUGUGUAAUUAAUUUGGAUUAUUAAUUAAAUCGAUUUAAAAAAAACACACAGUAAAAUUAUUUUUUUUUUUGUAAUCAUUAAAAAUUGUAAAUUUAAUUUUUGUGAUGAAAAAAAAAUUUUUUGUGGAAGAUAAAUUUCUGACUAAAAUAAAAAAAAAAAGAUUCUAAAUGGCAAGUUUUUUUUCCCCUAAAAAAAAAUUAACUGAAAUCUUGCUGCGGAUGUAUGAGUUAUUUUUUCCUUUUUUAAUCUACAAUCUAGAUAAAAUCUUCAACGACGCAUAAUAUGAUUUUAAAAUAUGACAAUUUUUUUUUGUUAAAAUUUGUCAGCGCGUCGAUAUUGAUUGACUGCUUUUUUUUAAACACGGAGCAUCUAUAGAUAAAAAUUAGUGGCUUUAUGGCUUAUGCACAUUAAUUACUUCUUUUUUUUUCAACUACAUAAAAAUCCUGCUACGUUUUUUCACCGUAAACAUGAUAAUCCUUUUUUUUUUCUUUGAAAAGUGACUCCAAUCGACACAUGCUGAAGGAAAUAAAGACGCGCGCGCGUUUAGAAAAUCAGAAUAAAGAAAAUUAAUAGAGAAAAAUAAAAAUCAAGUAUUGAGCAUUUUCAACGUACACGUUUUACAAGAAGACUGGUGCGAUUCGAUAAAAAAGUGUGGUAAAUUUUUUUUUUUUUUUUAAAUACCGAAUACUAUCGUGAUUAUAAUAAUUGCUCGGUGACGUAACAAUUUUUGUUUAUAAUGUUCACCAGCUUUCAAAUUGUAAUAGCUGCGUUUUUUUUUUUAAUUCUCAUAAAAGAGUUUCGUACCAAAAUUUUUAGUUCUUUUAAUAUUUCAAUUAUUAAUAUUUUGAUAAGUAAAUUUCAAUUAUUAAUAUUAAUUAAUUUUUAAUUAUUAAUAUCAAUAAAUUGUUAAUAUUAAUCAAUUUUCAAUGAUUAAUAUUAAUCAAUUUUCAAUGAUUAAUAUUAAUCAAUUUUCAAUGAUUAAUAUUAAUCAAUUAAUUAUUAAUAUUUAUCAAUUAAUUAUUAAUUAAUUAAUAACAAAAUUUAUUAAUUUUGAAACGUCACAAUUUCCAAAAAAAAAAAAAAUUGUUUUCAAUUUUAAAAAUUCCCGUGAUUUUUAAAAUUUAUUUUUUUUUUUUUAUGGAAAAUUUGUCGAUUUUUAGAACAAUUUCUUGGACGAAUUUUCUUUUAAUUCUGUUUCUUAAUAUCAAUGAAAAUUUACUAUUCGGCUUUCACACUACACUCAUACUUUCUUCACACGAAUUUAGUCAAUUUCACGUUAAUAAGUGUUCUUUCUUUUUUUUUUAAAAGAACAGAUGUCAUUUUGAAAAUUCAUUAAAAUCGCAUAUGUUCAAUAUCAAUAAUACUGCAAAUAAAAAUAAAUCGAACUGCGACAAUCGUCAAAUUGCGUUUUUCUCUUUUUUUUUUUUUU